AUGUCCAUUUCACCGGACUGGGUGUCGUCGCUUUCAGUUUUUAAUGCGGCUGUUGCAGCAGGUGUGAAACCGGACAAGUCGAUGGUUGGGAUUUUGUUGGCACAAUGUGAGCAGGCAACUGCGUGGGCUGUGGCAACGCAGGUGUUUGACAUUGCCCAGACGGAGGGAUUUGUCUCCAGCAUUGGUGAAGACUCGUACCAUGCGCUUGUUCGUUCCUUCCACGCAGUUAAGCAGUGGGAAAAGGCGUUGGCGGCGCUGUCGUGGAUGGCCAAAGCCGAUGAGGCGUCCGCGGCAACAGGAAGAGGGGAGCUGCUGGAAUUGUGUGAGCAGUCAGGUCAGUGGGAAGCGGCUAUACGUAUUGGAGGGAUGCUUCUCGAGACACAUUCAUAUCUGCCCGUUCGCACGCGUCUUUCUCUCUUGCUUGCCUCGGCUAAAGGAGCGAUGUGGGACGUCGCGGUGCGAAUACUGCAGGAUUCCCUCGCUGAUGCAAAGCAAUCCCCACAUCCACUCUCCAUCUGUGCUGUUUUACAGGCUUGCGUCGCCUCCAACCGCUGGCAGGAGGCGACGAUGCUUCUGGGGCGAGUGCGCGAAGAGGAGCCGCGAGUCGUGCUACCCCCACUGGCACAUCGGCUAACAAUAAAAGUUUGCGUGGGCUCGGGGCGGUGGUCUGAGGCCAUGGCGCUCCUGGCAGACAUGUAUGCAUCUGGCCUGUCGAGGGACAACCACAGCCAACGCCUAGGGGUGUGGGCUGCGGCACUUUCCGGGAAUUGGAAACUCUCUCUAAAGCACUUGCGACACAUCCCACUGAUUCGCCGCACACCGCAAGAUCGGCUUGUUGUUCGCAGUGCAACCCGGGAUGCCAGUGCAGCGGCGAAGGCCACCGUACUCAGGUACCUCCAGCAGCAGAUAACUUAG